CCAAACUGAGAUUAAACGCAUUUCCUAGCAAUUUCCAGAGGCUCUCUCUCUCUCUCUCUCUCUCUCUCUCUCGUCUCGGCCCCCUUUUGACUUGGGAUCGAUCGGUUCGUUGAUCGGUCGGGCUGUCUUCUCAAGGGUAUAAUGUGGUUCAUAUAGGGAUUUUAGAUAUUGGAGAUAGACAUGGCUAGUGGGUUUGGGGAAUCAACAAGCAGGCCAGCCCAAAACCCUUCUUUCUCAAGCAAUAAUAGUGGUAAUACUAAUAACAAUGAUGCCGGUAACUUCGAAUGCAAUAUUUGCUUUGACUUAGCUCAAGAUCCUAUUGUGACCUUAUGCGGCCAUCUUUACUGCUGGCCUUGCCUGUACAAAUGGCUGAACAUGCACUCGCAGUCCCGGGAAUGCCCGGUUUGCAAGGCCCUUGUUGAGGAGGAGAAGUUGGUCCCCUUAUAUGGCAGGGGAAAGACAUCGACUGACCCAAGAUCAAAGUCUAUUCCAGGCGUUAACAUUCCGAAUCGUCCGUCAGGGCAGAGACCGGAGACAGCUCCUCCACCGGACCCCAAUCAUUUUCCCCAUCAUGGGUUCGGAUUCAUGGGAGGGUUGGGUGGAUUGGGAGGGUUUGCACCGACUGCGAGUGCAAGGUUUGGGAAUUUCACAUUCUCUGCAGCUUUUGGUGGUCUCAUCCCAUCUCUAUUUAACCUUCAAUUACAUGGGUUCCCUGAUGCUUCGAUUUAUGGUUCGACUGGUUUCCCCUAUGGGUAUUCUAAUUCAUUUCAUGGUGCCCAUGUGCGUGGAUACCCUCACCGCCAUCAUCCAGGUCGAGGGCAACAGGAUAAUCAUCUGAAGAGGCUGCUUUUGUUUAUUGUGUUUUGUGUUCUUCUUGCCCUUCUUUGGGGCUAGUUCAGAUCUGUUAUCAGAAGUUAAACUGCUUACAGAUGUUGAGGGGUCAAACUCAUGCAUUUGUAAUCUGUUAGUGCCUUUUGGGUUUACUUUUUUAUGGCGAAGGAAAUUGUCCAUAUUAUGCUUUGUCUGUACUUUUCUUAGUUCCUUUAUCAGAAUGUAGAGUUUGACUUAAAUGUU